UUCCUUUAAGAGACUUAAGUUUAUAACGGAGCACAGGAAUGUAGAGAAUCCAUCUCUAGCGUCUCUCAGAAUCAUAUGACUGAAAUAUUGUUCGCUGGACUCCUGAACGCGCUUCAUUGACUUAUUAGAGAAUAAACUUUCGAAACUAUCGCCUUGUGAUGAUGACAUAUACUGGAAACACGCGCCAGAUGCAUAUAAAUCAAAUCUAUUACGAAAUACCCUUUGUUGUCGGAUAGGAUCAAAUCAAAUCUACCGUGCAAACCAGAAACUCUGUUUCUAUCCUCAUCUGGUUUUACUCUGGUUUCCUCGCGGGGGAGGAGCAGCAUCAUUUACCACAGAACCACGUCACUCUGUCAAACUUGCAGUUUUUUUUUUAUGAAAAGUUGAGCCAGCGAGACUCGAGCCCCUACUUUUUUCUUCCUGGAGGAUAUCUGGGUCGGUGGGGAGAGAUGCAGACGGGAUUUAGAUUAAAUUUGACCCCCGUUAAAGAGCCUUUGGGUUUUGUGAAAGUCGUGGAGUGGCUCAUGGCUGUGCUUGCAUUCGGGACCUGUGGAGGAUAUAAUGGCAGAAAUGUGGUUUCCAUAUUCUGUGGUGGAAGCAUCAAUGAAACUCUCAGUGCCACUUUCACCUACCCAUUCAGGUUAAACCAGGAGCUGCUGGUGGAGAACAACACCACUCUUUGCAAUCGCACAGUUCCUGCAACCCAUCUCGUAGGAGACUCCUCGUCCUCGGUGGAGUUUUUCGUGGCUGUGGCCGUCUUGGCUUUUCUCUAUUCAAUGGUGGCUCUGCUGGUCUAUCUGGGCUACAUGCAUGUGUACAGAGACUCAGACUUCGGCCCUAUGUUUGAUUUUGUGCUGACAGCAGUCUUUGCGUUCCUGUGGCUGGUGUGCUCGUCUGCAUGGGCUCGAGGUCUGCAGACGGUGAAGGACGCCACCAGUACGGCUGGCAUUGAAUCCACUCUGGCGCUCUGUACUGACAGAGAUGUCAAAUGUGAAGUCACUGAUUACGCCAGCAUGCGCUCGCUCAAUAUAUCUGUGAUAUUUGGUUUCUUGAAUCUCAUCAUAUGGGUUGGGAAUGCCUGGUUUGUGUAUAAGGAGACGCGCUGGCACUCUCAGAAGGUCAACGCUCAACAAGCGGCAGGACGGGGUCCAAAUCCAGCACCCAUCUAAACAAUUACCCCACAGCAUAACAAUGCCCACCGUAGCCUUUAUGAAAAACACACAGUAACAGUUUAUGCUUUAUGCAGUUUGUCCGUAAGAUCAAUAAUCAUAUGACUGUCGUGUUAAUUUGUGACAUUGCUCUCUUCUCCUUUUCUGUUUUAAUAUCUUUUGAUUUCUUGUGUACUUGGAAGAAAAUCUUUUUUUUUUUUACCUUGGUUAUAUUUUAUUAGCAUGCUUUUUUGAAUUUUUAAUGGAAAUGCAACAUGUUUUGAAUGUACUAUUACAAUAUAUUUUACUUUUAUGAUCUAUUUUUUGUCCAAUCAAGUAUAAAAAUCUUGAAAACAAUUGUUUAGUCAACCUCUGUAUGUUUAAGUGUUACACAGCAUCAUUUCUGUGUAUUUUUGCAUUUAAAAAUAGCAGUUUCUACUUUCUUACCAAAUUUGGCCGUUUUUAUGCAGUAUUAAGCUGCAGCCGCAUUUUUAAUGGUGCUGGAGUUUUGUUUAGGAAGGUGUUCUCUCUUUUCUUGUUCGUUCUUCUGUUUCUUUAGGGAAGCAUUGUUCUCCUGCCACUGAAAUGUCAUUUUUUUGAUGAAUAAAUCUGACUGUGAAAUGCACGUGGUAGUGUUUGUAUACAUGCAGGACUUUGUGCUUCUGUGCGAUUUCUUACCCAAAUAAAUGCUGGCUUCCUUCUGGUAUAAUGGCGCUUU